CGCCGCUGCCGCCGACCCGGCCAUGGCGGAGCCCCCCGGCGCUCAGGCGGGCUUCGGGCGCCCCGCGCCGCUGCCGCAGACGGGCUGGGAGCGGCUCAGCGAGCUCUGGCGGCGAGACGAGCAGCAGCAGUUCCCGGAGGAGACGGUGAACAUCGCCAAGUCGGCCUUCACGGCGGGCGUGGUGGGCUGGCUCUACGGGGGGCUGCCCGCCUUCGUCAGCGCCCGCAAGGCCUUCAUCGAGAGCAGCCACGGCGAGAUCUUCCAGAACCGCGCCGAUGCCGUGCAAUCGGCGCACCGCGCUGGUCUCCGCAGCUUCGUCCGCUACGGCUGGCGCUGGAGCUGGAGGGUCGCGGCCUUUGCCACCGUGUUCAACGUGGUGAGCACGGGCCUGUCUGCGUACCGCGAUAAAACCACCAUCAGUAAUUUUGCUGCAGCAGGAGCCUUCACAGGAGCCCUGUUCAGAAUGCACUUGGGCCUGCAGGGCCUGGCGGGUGGUGUCAUGUUUGGAACGGCGUUUGGGAUUCCUGCAGGAGGCCUCCUGAUGGCAAUGUAUGGCUUGGCUGGUGAGACCUUGCAGGAGAAGAGGAGUCGUGAGCGCAGGGAGCUGUACGAACAGAGGCUGGCAGACUGGCAAUCCAGACUCAGUAUGACUGAAAUCUUAGGCCAAACAGAAAGCAAUGCCCAGGGAAGACCAGAGAUGGAGAGAGCAAGAGAACUGAAGAGCUACUGAGUCUUCCCCAGAUCUCUGUUGUAAGAAGCUACGUAACAUUUUGGUCCUGCUUGAUCCUUCAGUUAGAGGAUCAUGGAAGUUGUCUGUGAAUGCAGUUGUAUCCUGUGAAAAAGUGUUUUGCUGAAAACAUCGUUCAGGGAUGGAUAUCACUGCACAAAGAGCUUGGAAGGGCCAAACCUGUUCCACCUGAAAAGUGGAAAUACAAACUUUACAGACCAGGAAGUGUCAUGUAGCUUUGGGAGGAAGUGAGGGUUCCAGCGCCUUGUCUAGAACCCAUUUCACUGCUGAAAAUGUCCAAACCACCAGUGAUGUGGAAAUACUCAAGGUAAAGGAGCCUAUGAAUGGUUUGUGUGCUAAAGGUGCCCUGAAUCCAAAAGUUAAUUAUGCUCUGGUAAAAGCUGCUCUUCAGACAGUGCCUGAACAACUUGCUGAUGGUGGUUUCUUACUUGGUUCCUACAGUACUUGGGGUAUUUUGCAGUCAGUGUGGAACAAGGGUGGAGGAGCUGGGAAUUACAUGGAAAUACCCUGAAAUAGGCAUGUUUUGGGUUCCUCAAUAGAAGCCUGAGGGUGCCACAGAAAACAUGACUUAUUUCUGAUGGUGACAGUGGAAGCCUUGGCACUAUGGACAGCUUUAACAACAAGAAGGCCUCUAAUUUAAUUUGCAAUUUGGAAAUCAGGGGAUGAUCUUUGGGGGAAAUGUAGUUCAAGACACUCAAUAAAGGCAUCCAGCAGUGGU